CAUAUAUUUGGCUGAAAUAUAUUUGGCUGAAAUACAAUAUAAAUUAUGCGUUUAAUUUGUGUUUAGCUGCGAUCAUCUAUAUUGUACACUUAUAAAUAGGCGUGUCUAGUAAAUAUGAAUAAUGAUAUAUUCUCAUCCCCGCACGGUCCGCAAGAAGCAAAAAGAAGAUGCGCAACACAACCCUCUGACGUCAGAGACAGAGAGAGAGAGGGAGGGAGAGAAAGACAGACUUAGUCAAACUUCACCAUCAUUUCGCGUGACCAAGGCAGAGAGAAAGACUUGGCUAUUAAAGGCUAAAGCAGGAAACACACGCAGACGCUCAUUUGUUGUGUGAUUUUGGAGGGGUUUGAACUGAUGUGGGUUAUCUUUUCGUCGUAUGAUGGGAGAUUAAGUAAAAGAGAAACGGAUCUCCACGACAUGGUUGCUGAAAUCCUAAAGGUUUAUGUCUCUUUCAAACGCGUUUAAGGACCGUGGAGGCUUUUUUUUUUUAUCUUGUUUCCAAGGAAGACACGCAAUAGUUGGGAAUAUCACGGACUACGGUUAUUGUUGUCGAUAAAGCCUGUUGAUAGUAAUUAUUUUUUAUAUACUUCAGCAAACUUUUUGUUUGUUCUGAUGCCCGCUGCGCCGGAAUGCAGACUGUCCCGUCAUGGUCGCAUCAUGAAAUGUGUGACAUUUUUACUCUUGCUCCCCGAAACGUUAAAGAAGUUGAAAAGGGCAAGCAAGCACCCCGGCAGGCUGUCUUUAUGCAAUAACAUCUUGACUCUUUCCCUGAAGAAAAGGAUGGCAGCAGAACUGUACCCCGUGAACGAUCCCGCUAUUGUUCCGAAGAACGGGACCGUGAUGCUGAGCACACCUGAAAAGAAGAGCGUGGACCCGGUUACGCAGACCACCACGUCUAUCGCCACGACACCGACGACCGAGCAAAACAUCAACAACAACAAUGUGGAGAUUCCCAGCUGGCAGUCCGCGCAUCCGACGUUACGCGAAAGAAAUGCACUAAUGUUCAAUAAUGAACAAAUGGCAGACGUUCAUUUCAUUAUUGGUCCCCCCGGUGAAUCAGAGAGGGUCCCGGUCCACAAGUAUGUGCUAGCAGUGGGGAGCUCUGUUUUCUGUGCCAUGUUUUACGGGGAUCUCGCAGAAGGGGACUCUGAUAUCUAUAUUCCAGAUGUGGAACCGGCAGCGUUUCUCAUCCUUCUCAAAUACAUGUACAGUGAUGAGAUAGAGCUGUCGGCAGACACAGUGCUGGCUACACUCUACGCUGCCAAGAAAUACCUGGUGUCUGCUCUGGCUCGAGCUUGUGUGGAUUUCCUUGAGACAAGCCUGGAGGCGCGAAAUGCAUGCAUGCUGCUUUCUCAGAGUCGGUUGUUUGAGGAGCCGGAGCUCACUCAGAGAUGCUGGGAAGUGAUCGACGCCCAGGCAGAACUUGCACUACGUUCCGAGAGUUUCUCUGAGAUUGACCUGCCCACACUAGAGAGCAUACUACACCGAGAGACGCUGAACGUGAAAGAGGCUGUGGUGUUCCAGGCAGUGCUGUGCUGGGCCGAGGCAGAGUGUCGGAGGCAAGGUCUGAGCCCCACUGCGCACAAUCAACGCUCUGUGCUAGGAAAGACACUGCACCUUGUGCGCCUACCUUCUAUGACACUGCAGGAAUUUGCAGAUGGAGCUGCGCAGUCAAACAUUUUAACCCUCGAUGAAACACAUAAACUCUUCCUCUGGUACACUGCUGCUAGAAAACCUUCGCUGGUAUUCCCGGUUACGGCCAGAAAGGGGCUGACACCACAAUGCUGUCACCGGUUCCAAUCCUCCGCCUACCGGAGCAACCAGUGGCGUUACCGUGGACGGUGUGACAGCAUCCAGUUUGCUGUGGACAAAUGCGUGUUUAUAGCCGGGCUUGGUCUGUAUGGCUCCAGUGGCGGGAAAGCGGAAUAUAGCGCUAGAAUUGAACUUAAGAGACAAGGAGUGCUUCUGGCACAACACCUGACCAAGUUCGUAUCAGACGGUUCUAGCUCAACGUUCCCUGUAUGGUUCGAGCACCCGGUACAGGUGGAACAGGAUGCAUUCUACACAGUUAGUGCUGUUCUAGAUGGAAGUGAACUAAGUUAUUUUGGACAAGAAGGGAUGACAGAAGUCCAGUGUGGGAAAGUCACUUUUCAGUUUCAGUGCUCCUCUGACAGUACUAACGGGACAGGGGUGCAGGGGGGACAAAUUCCAGAGCUGAUAUUUUAUGCAUGAGUAUUUGGACUGAUCCAGGAGAGAAGAGACAGCAGGGGGAUUAUGUGAUGGAAUAAAUGCCUUUUCUAACAAUGUAGCUGCAAGACACUGCAGAAUUGAGCCCAAUGAGUAGGAGGGAGAAUUUCCUUUGAUCAGACUCUUUUAUGACUCACAUAGAAAGGAAUUCUCCAAUCAUAUUUAUUUCUUUAAACAUAUUGUUUUAAGGAAUACACUUUAAUUUAAGAUGAUUGUAUUUCUAAUUAUUCAUAAUCUGCCUGUGUACAGUGGGAAAUGAGCAGUUUGCACUUGAAACUAGGCAGCUCUUACUCUGUUAUUUAAUUAUUAUUUGUUGACAGCUUGAUGCCAUGUUUUGAAGAAUACUGAGGUUUUAAGAGCCUGAAAAUCAUAAAAUGUAGCUUCUAUACAUCAAAUAGUAUUACGUGUUCUUUUGUCUCAUAUACAGUUAUAA